AUGUCGGAUGCAUGGGAAGAGAUUCAAGCCGUUAAGAGCAAGAGAAAUAGUUUGAGGGAGAAGUUAGAGAAGCGGAAGAAGGAACGACAGAAUAUUCUAGGUGCCACAUUAGCGAGUGGAGACAAAAGUGAAGGUUUACAAGCUGCAACAAGUAGCUCAAAAGAAAAGUCUAUCGGGAGCCCUGCAUCAGGAAAAACUGAAUCACCGCCGGCUGAAAAACCAAAACCUCCAGUCCCCUCAGCGUCAUUGGAAGUACGUUUAUUACAAGUGUUAUCUGACAUGCAGCUACAACUACCUGCCACAGCCAGUGCCCUUCUACCAGGUCUCGGUGACGUCGACACUGGUAUUGUUGCAAGUUUAUUACAGAAGUUUGCAACGCAGAAGCUUAUAACAAUAAAGGAAAGAACAGAAAGCACAACAGAUGCGAGUAUAGAAGUAGUGAGUGCAGAAUCAGUAAGAUUGGCCGCUGUGUUAGCUGCUUUAAUGGAAGAACAGUCUUCCACAACUAAAAGAAAAGGUGACAACAUUACAGAAGAAGGUUCAAAUCAAAAAGCUUCAAAAUUAAACACAGAAGAGAAGAAAGCAGGAAAAGAUGAUACAGAUAUAAUGUCUUUGUUGGCAAUGCCUUCAAGUAGAGAGAAGGCUGUCAAAAGAGUGGGUGAAGAAAUAAUGGACUUACUCAGUAAACCUACUGCUAAAGAAAAAUCACUUGCUGACAAGUUUAAGAGUCAGGGGGGUGCGCAGGUGAUGGAGUUCUGCGCGCACGGCACGCGCGGCGAGUGCUCGCGGCGCGGGCCGGCGCGCGCCUGCCGCAAGCUGCACUUCCGCAAGAUCAUCCAGGCGCACACGGACGAGGCGCUGGGCGACUGCUCCUUCCUCAACACCUGCUUCCACAUGGACAGCUGCAAAUACGUUCAUUAUGAAGUGGAUAACGCAGAUCCAAACGUUACCGCGAACAAAACGACCACAGAACCCGCAGCUAAAGCUGGUCAUAACGGUACAAAUAUAGUACCAAAACCAGAUGGGGUAUUAACCCUGACGCCGCCGCAGUGGAUACAGUGUGACCUCAGGUAUCUCGACAUGACCUUUUUAGGUAAAUUUGCAGUGAUAAUGGCGGACCCACCAUGGGAUAUUCACAUGGAGCUACCAUAUGGUACUAUGUCUGAUGAUGAGAUGAGAUGUCUCGGAGUACCGCAACUACAGGAUAGUGGCCUCAUAUUCCUCUGGGUCACUGGCAGGGCGAUGGAGCUAGGUCGGGAGUGUCUCAAGCUGUGGGGCUAUGAAAGGGUGGAUGAGUUAAUCUGGGUGAAGACCAACCAACUACAGAGAAUUAUACGCACUGGGCGGACGGGGCACUGGCUUAAUCAUGGCAAGGAACACUGUUUGGUGGGUAUGAAAGGAAAUCCAGAAAACUUGAACAGAGGCCUAGACUGUGACGUCAUCGUGGCCGAAGUACGCGCCACGUCGCACAAACCCGACGAAAUAUAUGGCAUUAUAGAGAGGCUAAGUCCGGGUACAAGAAAAAUAGAACUAUUCGGUAGACCACAUAACGUUCAACCUAACUGGAUAACUCUAGGAAAUCAAGUGGACGGAGUUAGACUAGUUGAUCCAGACUUAAUAGCAGCUUUUAAGAAGAGAUACCCUGAUGGUAACUGUAUGGCCCCACCCACGCCUGACCCUGGACUGCCUUAGACGUAUAAUAAACCUCACCGUGUUUUUUAGACUAUAAGCCCCAUACAUUGGACAAAUAUAUUUUAAAGCUACUUUUUAAACUUCUACUUUGGAUUAUAAUUUAAAAAAGGUAUUUUUUAUAUAAAAUAAAAAAUAAAUAGAAGCAGUGACUUAGACACAAAAUAGUCUUACAACUUAUGAUCGCUAAUGAUAUGUAUUCUAUCAAAAACUAAUCGGCAACAUUUCUUCGAAAUUGUACCGUAUAGACCGAUAGUAAUUUAAAAGUUUUGCAAGUAGGUACAUAUUGUAUUAGAAUGAAUUUUAAGAAAUGUAAAUAAAUAUAUUUUUAAAUAAAAUCAAUUUCAUUAAA